AUUGAUAGACCGUAGAAGAAUCUUUUGCUUUUCAAAGGUCACUAUAUUUUAACUAUGGUUCCAUUAUAUUUUCCUAAAUGUGCACUGAGUUUUUCCCUCUUUGCCCAGGCUGUGGGUGCACCGAACACUUUUGUUGCUGCUGUAUAUGAGCAUGCUGUUAUAUUGCCAAACAAAACAGAAACACCUGUUUCGGUGGAAAAGGCUUUGUUCCUGAUGAACAAGAACAUAGACAUUUUGGAGAAAGCAAUAAAGCUGGCAGCCAAGCAGGUUAUGAGAGAUGGACGUCUCAGGAGCCGAGGUGGAGCCCCUUUUCUUGUCCUGGUGAUGGCCCUAUAUGGAAGAGUGUUUGAGAAGGACCCUCCACGCUUAGGGCAGGGACCUGGGAAGAUACAAUGAACCCCUUCAUUGUGACCUGUCAGAAUUAGCCUGGCAAAGAGAGGGGGCAUAAAUCAAAGAGUAUUUAUGUAGUUUUUUUU